AUGGCCCAAACACCGGAUGACCACCGCUUCCAUUGCUCCGUGUGUCUGGAGCUUUACACUGAUCCCGUCUCCACUCCAUGCGGACACAACUUCUGCAAGCUCUGCAUUAACAAAUACUGGGACAACACAGAAGUGUCUAGCUGCCCCCUGUGCAAGGAGAUAUUUCACAAAAGACCCGAGCUGCGGAUCAACGUCUCCUUCCGAGAGGUCGUCAAUGACUUUAAAAACACAAACGCAGGCUCAGUGACGAGCGGUGAAUCCUGUGAGGCCAAAGCUGGUGAAGUGGCAUGUGACGUCUGCACAGGUGUGAAACUAAAAGCCAUGAAGUCCUGCCUGGUGUGUGUGGCGUCGUACUGUGAGGGUCACCUGGAGCCUCACAAGACAGCAGCAGCCCUGAGUAGACAUAAGCUGAUUGAGCCAGUCAGGAACCUGGAGGACAGGAUAUGUAAGAAGCAUGGGAAGAUCCUGGAGCUGUUCUGUAAGAUGGAGGAGAGGUUCAUAUGUCAGAUUUGUGCCGAGACGGACCACAGCCAUCACCAAGUUUUAACAGCAGAGGCCGCGUCACAGCAGAAAAUGGAAAAUGCGCAGAAAGAAAUGGAGGACAGUAUCGAGAUUUUCAUGUCUGUGAUGGAGUCCAUGAAGACUAUCCACACAGAGCUCAUGGAGGAGAUUGAGGCGAGACACGAUGCAGAACAGAGGAGGUUUGAAAGGCUCAUCAAAGAGCUGAGGCAGGAAAUCGACGAACUGGAGAAGAAGAGUGCUAAACUAAAGCAGCUCUCGGGCAUUAAAGACCACAUCGAGCUCCUGGAGGCAUUCAAUCAAGCCUACACACUACCGUCAACUCAGAACUGGCCAAGCAUCCCCGUCAAUGAGGUGGAUUUCUUGGGUUAUAUCCAGACGUCGUUGAUUAAAGCAAGAGAGUUCAUCAACCUGGAAAUUAAGAAACAGUCAGCCAAUAAGCUUAAGAAAAUGCAGCAAUUUGCAGAGGACAUCACCAUUGACCCUGACACCGCAGGACCCUGGCUUAUUGUCUCUGACGAUGGGAAAGAAGUCAGACAGUCUCCAAAGAAGCACAAGGUUCUGACUAGCCCGGCGAGGUUCACAGAAAACACUUUUGUUGUUGCAACAAAGGGUUUCACCACAGGCAGACACUACUGGGAGGUCAAGGUGAAGGAGAAAUCUAACUGGGUGCUGGGAGUCGCUUCUGGCACGGUGAAGAGGAGGGAACACGUCGCUCCCUCCCCGGAGAACGGCUUGUGGACUUUAGGUCACAGGGAUGGAGGGCAGUAUUUUGUGUACACCCGAAAUCCAUUCCCUUUAACGCCGUCUGCCCCUCCCCAGAGGGUGGGGGUGUUUGUGGAUUACGAGGAGAGGCAGGUGUCGUUCCUCGAUGUGGAGGCCAAGACUCACAUCUUCACCUUCACAAAGUGUAACUUUACACAGAAGGUUUACCCCGUAUUUGAUCCCUGUGUGGCGGCAGAAAAAAAGGAGGUGGCUCCUCUGAAAAUUAUGAUGGUAGAGCUCACAAAAUAAAAAACUGACGUAGAUUCAUCAUCCUGAGUGCCGGUCAACAUUACAGGAGUCACAGUUAUCAAUAUGUAAUCAGAAAUAGACUUACACAAUAUAGUAGUUGCAUGCUUUAUCCAUUAGUGGCAUCUAGUGGCAAGCAUUGCAAAUUGCAACAAGCUGAAUCUUCUACCAAUUAAAAUUCCCUCAGUGUUUAUUGUUCAGGAGGUUUUUACCAGGAGCCGAAUUAUUCACAGACGUCUCCUCCUCUCCGAAACAAAAGGACCAGGUGAUUAAAAUUGGUAAAAACACUGAAUAGAGACGUUUCAUGUUACAAAUCAAUGUUUCUUCAAUGCUGUUAGGUAC